CAUUCAAUGAUGUUGGCUUCCGGGAACUGCUCUUCUCAUCCUGUGUUCUUCAUUCUGCUUGGAAUGCCAGGACUUGAGAAUUCCCACUUUUGGAUUGCCUUUCCAUUCUGUGCCAUGUAUGCUGUGGCUGUAAUUAGCAAUAUCACUGUCUUUCAUAUCAUCCGAACUGACCACACGCUCCAUGAGCCCAUGUACCUCUUUCUGGCCAUGCUGGCUGUUACUGAUCUGGUCCUCUCCUCCUCCACCCAACCUAAAAUGCUGGCCAUACUCUGGUUUCAUGAUCAUGAGAUUAAAUAUCAUGCCUGCCUCAUCCAGAUCUUCUUCAUCCAUGCCUUUUCUUCUGUGGAGUUUGGGGUGUUCAUGGCUAUGGCCGUGGACCGCUAUGUGGCUAUCUGUUUCCCACUCCGACACUCUACUGUCCUGACCCUGUGGGUAGUGGGCAAACUGGGGGCAGCUGUGAUGAUAAGAGGGGUGGUGUGGGUGAGUCCCUUCUGCUUCAUGAUCUCCAGUAUGCCCUUCUGUCACAACAAGGUCAUUCCCCAGUCCUACUGUGAGCACAUGGCUGUGCUGAAGUUGGUGUGUGAUGAUACUAGAGUAAAUCGUGCAUAUGAACUCUUUGUGGACUUCUCUGUGGUUGGUUUUGAUAUGAUUAUCAUAAGUAUAUCCUAUGUCAUGAUAUUGAAAGCUGUGCUGCAGUUGCCCUCAGGUGAAGCCCGGAUAAAGGCUUUUGGCACGUGUGCCUCUCAUCUCUGUGUUAUCUUGGCUUUUUAUAUCCUAGCCCUCUUCACUUUCCUCACCCAUCGCUUUGGCCACCACAUACUUCAACUGAUUGAACUAAAACACAGGGAACUUGAGAUUAAAUACAAACAAGAAAAAGCUGUCAUAAAGGGCAUUGUAACAGGAUAUUUACUCUCAGGAGGUUAA